AUGAUUUUGGACGUCGGUAUCCGGAUCGGCUCGUUAAGCUCUUUAAGAGAAACUCUGCUCUUUGAUGCAUCCUACCGACAUAAACAUCACAACAAACCCGAUUGCGAUGAAUGUUGCCGGUGCCACCAUCAAGAAGACCAUGUUUGCAAAGCCUCAGAGGAACCUUCUUGCGACGAACUCAAGUGCCAGGGCGGUUUGGUAAACCGCAGGCGGCUGUCGACGAAUCUGGGCGUAAAUACAGCGCCUGCUAUCCAUAUCGGGAGAGUUGCUUUGGGCGAUGGCGUAAUGAAAUCCGGCGUCGACCGCGAUGAGAUAGUGGAACAAGAAGGGAUUAUUGCCUUUGAAAUGGAAGGCGCUGGUGUGUGGGAUGUCAUGCCUUGCCUCAUCAUCAAAGCGAUUUGCGACUACUCGGAUAGUCAUAAAAACAAGCGAUUUCAGCCGUAUGCUGCUGCGUCUGCGGCGGCCUGUGCCAAAGCCAUUCUGCAGGAAUGGGGUUCGACGCCCGAGGAGCUUUAAUAUGAUUCUGGUAGUUCAGCGACUUCGUAACUUGCCUUUCCCUCCCUUCCCAGGAUCCCAGAAUUAACCUAAUCAUCGGUCUUAUCUCCGAUCACAUGGCAAGAGCUGCUCAUGACACUCAUCACCUACCAUGCCUUUAAUGGUGCAAGAUAGUACAUCAUAGAG